GUACAACAAUUCUCAAUACACAACAACCACUUCAAUCUCAAUUGGAUUCAAUCAAUUACUCCAAUCUUCAAUUGCAUCGAGUUGUAAUCACUUUUCUCGUACAAAAAACUUAUCAAUCCUCUUUUCAAAUCCCACUAUCACUCGAAGAUUUAUUCUCGAGGACCGUACAUCGCGUCUUUCGUCAUCUUUGAAGCUUGUUGACAAUCACUUCAUCCGACAAGAUGCCACCAAAGAAGAUCCCAACACCUCCCAGUCGAGUUUCAUCUCGUAAAACCUCUCCUCCAAAGAACACUAAAGUCGAGGCAAAUACUUCAAAAGUCAUGAAGAAAGCUCUCGCACCCAAAAAGGCUGGUGUCGCAAAAAAUGUCGCGCCUCAAAAGAAAGUCUCUCCCGCGGUCGCAAAGAAGACAGCCAAGGCACAAGCAGCUUCAGCUAAGAAGACUGCUACUACGACUAAAUCUGUCGCCGUUAAGAAGACAACUAUCACCAAAGCUGCUAUGGCAAAGAAAGUCGCUGCCGCUAAAGCCGCUCCAGCUAAGCCUGCUGCCCCAAAAUCAAACAAGCGCAAAUCCACCGAAGAUGUCGAUGAACCUGUCGCAAAACCCUCCAAGAAGGCAAAAGUUACCAAAUCCGCUCCUGCCGCCAAGAAGCCUGCCACCAAAGCAGCUGCGAAGCCUCUUCCCAUAGUCAAAAAGCCCAAGGCUGCUCCAAAGCCCAAGGCUCCAAAGGUCGUCAAGCCAAAGGUCGUCAAGCCAAAGGUUGUGAAGCCAAAGACAAUCAUCAACAUCGCUCCUACCCAACUCUUGGACAUUUAUGUCUUUGGUUGCAAUGAAGCUGGAGAGCUUGGCCUUGGUCUUCAAACCAAGAAAGAUACAAUCAAUCGACCAGUCAAGAACCCCGCCCUCACUGCUCGUGGUGUUGUUCAAAUGGUUGCCGGUGGUAUGCAUGGAGCUGCUCUUACCAAAGACAACAAGAUUCUUACAUGGGGUGUCGCCGAUGGUUUAGCAUUGGGCAGAAAGACUGAUGAUUGGGUUGCACCUGAGAGAGAUGCCGAUGCAGAGUCGGAUGAUGAAUCAGCCGCCGCAGAUGCCCGCAACCCAUUGGAAUCAACACCUGGUGAAGUUGAUUUGACCAAUGUACCAGAAGACACUAUCUUCACCCAAAUCACUGCUGGUGACAACGCUACUUACGCCCUCACCAACGAUGGCUUAGUUUACGGAUGGGGAUCAAUCAGAGGCGCUGAUGGUCCAAUGGGCUUCACCAAAGAUGUCAAGGAGACCUUGGUUCCAAUACUCAUUCCUGGUUUGAAGAACAUCGUUAAGCUUGCCGCUGGCAACAACCAUUACCUUGCUCUCAACAACAAGGGUGCUGUUUUCGCAUGGGGUGCUGGUGAGCAUAAUCAACUUGGCCGAAGAAUCGUUGAACGUUCAAGAUUGAAUGCUCUUGUCCCUCGUGAAUUUGGUCUACCAAAGGCCAUGGUCGAUAUCUUCUGCGGAUCAGAACAUAGUUUCGCCAUUCACAAGAACGGUACCGUUUACUCUUGGGGAGCAAACAACAUGGGUCAAUGUGGUCAAUUCAGCAAAGAUGGUACCUUGACUGAAGAGGUUACUUCGACUGCCACCAAAGUCAGUAUCCUCAAAGACAAGAACAUCAAGAUGAUGGCUGCAGGCAACGCUUCCAGUUUGGCACUCACGCACGAGGGAGAGGUUCUCUACUUCGGCAAAGCCCAAGAUGGUCUUUCUGGCCAUGAUGUUGAGGCACUUCCAGAAGAUGUCAUCAUCAGAAACGAACGUAACCAACGAUCGAUUAUCAAGACACCUCUCACCUUCCCAUUCAAGGGAUCGUACAUUGCCAUGGGCAGUGACCAUAGUAUCGUUCUCGGCCCUGAUGGUCACAGUCCUCACUAUUCAUGGGGAUUCAACACAUACAGACAGACUGGUUUGGAAGAUGACCAAGAUGUCUACAUUGCAGAGGAGCUUGAGAACAAGAACAUUGAAGGAAAGAAGCUUGUCUGGGCAGCAGGAGGUGGUCAAUUCUCCUUCUUGGCUGCCAUUCCAGAAAACUAAAUUCUGGCUCGUCUCGUGUUUGAUUUUUUCGCUGUAAAUAGCGUGGUCCGGAUCCUGAUACACCACAAUCAAUCCAGCUCGAACUCGGCCUGACAGCAUUUGUUCAAUAAGGAAAGUAUACCUGCUUUGAUUUUGAGAGACUGACCUUGAUGGAUCUCUGGUUUUUACCCAGGACUUUGAUCCGGACCAUCACGGCAGCACUCUCUUAAUCAAAGCAGGUAUGCUUUCCUUAUUGAAUAAUUGCAGAAAGGGCGAUAAUAGAGAGGAUUGAGCGUGGUUGUAGAUGGUGAUGGCUGCAUUCAUGAAUUGGCGUUUCGGAAUUGGAUUGUAUGGAUAUUAAAAAUGGGAAUGGAUCAUGGCAUUAUUGAGGUGCAUGGAACAGAACAAUGGAACAUUGGGAUGGAUUAAACUGGCGUUAUUUGUCUAAGUAGUCUUAAAGAGACUCAUUAUCAUCGGUCGUGAGAGACCUUUUUAUGGAACUGUUGGAUUUGUUAGACUUGUCUUUCGUUGUUUGUUCAUAGUCAUUGCGUUUGUGGUACAUAGAAUACGUUUCUCUGGAAUUAAAGAUC